CCUCACAGACGCGCAGAGGCUCCUCAAACAGAUUCACCACAGCAGCACAGGGUUCAACUCACAGGCGCUCUCCUCCGCUGCUGUUGAUACAAGUAUAUACACAAGUAUUUAUUUUAUUUUGAGGUAAAAUUAGGAGCUCUGUCUGGAUUACCGGGAGAAGAACUCAAACACAAACACACCGGAGGGAUUACCGGGAUCUGUACUUGGAGGAUGUGUGGUAUGGACGUGGACUUGGACAAUGGCGGUUCAGGCGAGGAGGAGAAAGAGGAGGAGUUCUGGAUCGGGGAGGAAGUGAAGAUUCUGCCCCCUCCUGUGGCCCACAGUGGGGGCAGUGCGUGGGGCAGCCGCAGGGGCAGGUUUGGCUGCCUGGCCUGCGGGGCAGCGCUCCUCCUCUGGGACCUGUGUGUCAUCUUAGCCAGUGCUUUGCUGCUGGCGCUGGUCUUCUCUGUGGUGCUGCUGCCUGCAAUGCUGCUGCUGUACGCCGGUUUCCUGUGCCACUCCAGGGUCCUCGACGCCCCCUCUGCCAUCUGUCGUUACCUUGACGAUAACAGCUGCUCCGCCCUCAUCAUUCUUGGUUUCGUGAUGAUGUCGCCCCUGGUGGUGGUAGCCGCCGCCAUCUUCUGCGGGCUGCUCCGACGGUUUCGACUCCUGCUGCUCAUUCAGCCGAUCACACGCGCCUGGUACCGAGGGCGGCUGCUGGACUGGGCGGGCAGGGUCCACGCCUGGGUCUGAUCAAGACGAAGCACGGGGCGGUGAUGGUCGGGUAUGCUAACAGUCGGGGGGGAUCUGAAAGUUGGAUUUGUUCAAAAUCAACCAGAGAGAUACAAUUGGUAGACAAAAUAACAGAAACACCUCACAAUAUAACCCAUGCAAAAAUCAGAGAGAUCUUAGCUUAACUAGACGCUACGUUUUAAAGAUGGAGUCUGGCCUUUUGGCAAAUACACUUUUUCACAUUCUUGCCGAGAGUUAGUUUAUGUGUAAAAAGCUUUUUGGGCCUAAAAGGAUUUGUUUUGUUGCAAUACCAGGAGUGGCCACCGGGACAAAAAUAGCUCUCUUAAUACAUCGCUGGGUUUUUACGAGCUAGCUCUGGAGUAACUUCAGUCAGUUUAACAGUCUCCGCUGGUUGCCUGUCAACCACAAAGUGUAGACAAGACCCCAGGUUGUCAGUUGUCCAGGUCCAGACCGUUGAAUCUGCCCAUGCCAGUUGACUGCUUCGUCCGGCAUCAUGACAUGAAACAGCAGUUACUCGAUCAAAAAGCAACCGAUCGUUGACCAUCGUGGUUUGGUGAUUGGUUAGGGAAAUUCAAACCCCAAUCUGUCUGAUAUCAGGCAGGUAGUGCUGUUAGGGUACAACCACAAUGUAUUGUGGUUACACCUGGGUUUUUGAACAACACAAACAAACAAGAUGUAACUUGUUAAUUAGUGAGAUCCAGAGGUGCUGGUAGGUGGAUUUUGUUAUCU